UCGGGCCGUCAACAUCUCCAUCAUCAAAGCCGACUUGCUCCGGUACCUCAUCAUGUACGCCGAAGGUGGCGUCUACGCCGACAUCGACGUCGAGGCUCUGCGGCCCAUCAAGCGGUUCGUGCCCGAACGUUACUGGGACUCGCUUUCUGAAAUCGACAUGGUGGUCGGCAUCGAGAUCGACCAGCCCGAAUUCCGCGACCACCCGAUUUUAGGGUCCAAAUGCAUGUCCUUCUGCCAAUGGACCUUCAUGUGCAAGCCUCGGUUACCCGUCAUGCUCAACCUCGUCGAAAACAUCAUGACCUGGCUUAUCUCGCUUGCCGCACAACAACAGGUUCACCUCUCGGAAUUGCACCUCGACUUUGACGAAGUCAUUUCCGGCACGGGACCCUCGGCGUUCACCAUUGCUUUGCUGAAGGAGAUGAAUCGCAUCUCUCAUAGCCCAAAGGAAAUCACCUGGGACAACUUCCACGCCAUGGACGAAUCCAAGGUCGUUUCCCGCGUGCUGGUACUAGACGUCGAAGCCUUUGCCGCUGGCCAAGGCCACUCGGACUCAGGUAACCACAAUGCCCGCGGGGCGUUGGUCAAACACCAUUACCACGCAUCGAAUUGGCCUUCCAAACACCCGCGCUACGCACACCCCGUGUACGGCGAGGUCGAGAGAUGUAAUUGGGAUUUGGCCUGCGUGCAGAAAUGGGAUCGCGACGUGGAGGCGUACAAGUCGCUUUCGAUUGAAGAGCAAAACAAGUUGAAGGAGGAGAGGAGGAUGGAGCUGGAGAAAUUGCGGGAGCAGCAGCUGAAGGAACAGGAGCAGGCGAUCCGGCUGGAACAGUUUGGCGAGGCGGUGCGCAAGGCGGAGGAGGAGCAGAGGAGGAGAGAGGAGUUGGAGAGGGAGAUGAAGGAACGGAUGAGGGUCGAGGAUCAGGCGCUGAAGCCGCUGCAUCCGGAGCAGGCCGGGGCGGAGGAGAAGAAGGAGGGAGAGGAGUUGAUUAUGUUUGGGGGAAGGCCGGUGCCGGGGCAGGGGCAGGACAUGGGCGCAAAUGGAGAGGGGGAGCAAAAGAAGGUGGUGGAGCAGCAGCCGGUGUUUGGACAGCCGAUGCUGCAGAAUGAUGAACCGUUUGGUGGGUUGUGAGUGACGGAUGGGAUGGGGGAAACAUAUCUAUGGUUGUCGCAUACAUGACAUGGAGUUUUGGGUUUGCUUCGUCAUAGGCUUUUGGUUUCUGGUAAAUACUUUUGUUGCUUGGGUUGUCGUCCAUUGUACAAUUGAUGAGUAGUGUAAGGUAGGUAAAAAGGCACACGAAUGAGAGGAUGCGAGUAAUUGCAGAUGGAGAAAGUACCUACAUAUAUUCACACACUCUUUCCCUU